UUCCUCUCUAAGCCACACAGGAAGCUGAGCCAGCUCAGGGCCCAGCCCUGUGAAAACACAGGCCCCCAGGACCCUGGGGAAAGGGCCCCGCUGGGCCAGCCCUGCAGGGACCAUGGGAUCCACAGCCGAAGGGGAUCCCCCUGCUGUGUUUGAUUGGUUCUUCGAAGCGGCCUACCCUGCCUCCCUGCAGGAGGAUCCCCCUAUCCUGCGGCAGUUCCCCCCACACUUCAGGGACCGGGAGGCUAUGCAGAUGGUGCCCAAAUUCUGCUUCCCUUUUGAUGUGGAAAGGGAGCCCCCCAGCAGCGCUGUACAGCACUUCACCUUUGCCCUCACGGACCUGACCGGUACCCGCAGAUUUGGUUUCUGCCGCCUUCGUGCUGGUGCCCACAGUUGUCUCUGCAUCCUCAGUCACCUGCCUUGGUUUGAAGUGUUUUACAAGCUGCUAAACACAGUGGGGGAUCUCCUGGCCCAGGACCAAGUCUCAGAGGUGGAGGAACUUCUUCUAAAUCUGCUGCAGCAGCCCCUUCCUGGGACUCCGGGGCUGGAGCUGGGCAGCGAAGUGACGACCUCCAGGGCGUAUGCCAUCCCUCCCCCUGCCCCCGGGAAGAGCAAGCCGCUUUCCUGCUUCGUGGCCCCUGACUCUGGCCGCUUGCCUUCCAUUCCUGAGAAUAGGAACUUAACGGAGCUGGUGGUGGCGGUGACCGACGAGAACAUCGUGGGGCUGUUCGCCGCGCUCUUAGCGGAGCGAAGGGUCCUGCUCAUCUCCAGCAAGCUGAGCACCUUGACAUCGUGUGUCCACGCGUCCUGCGCCCUUCUGUACCCCAUGCACUGGGAGCACGUGCUCAUCCCAACGCUGCCACCGCAUCUGCUGGACUACUGCUGCGCGCCCAUGCCCUACCUCAUCGGAGUGCAUGCCAGUCUUGCCGAGAGAGUGCGGGAGAAAGGCCUGGAGGAUGUCGUGAUGAUGAACGUGGACUCCAAUACCUUGGAGACACCCUUCGAUGAUGUGCAGGCGCUGCCCCCAGACGUGGUGUCCCUGCUGAGGCUGAGGCUAAGGAAGGUCGCACUGGCCCCAGGGGAAGGAGUGUCCCGUCUCUUCCUCAAAGCCCAGGCCCUGCUCUUCGGGGGCUACCGCGAUGCACUUGUUUGCAGCCCGGGCCAGCCUGUAACCUUUGAUGAAAAAGCCUUCUUGGCCCAGAAACCCGGGGCACCCCUGCAGGCCUUCCACCAGCGGGCUGUGCACCUGCAGCUGUUCAAACAGUUCAUCGAAGGCCGACUGGAGAAGCUUAACAAAGGAGAAGGCUUCUCAGACCUUUUUGAGCAGGAGAUCACCUGCAGUUGCACCUCAUCAGGCACCCUUCGCUCCUACCAGCUCUGGGCAGACAACCUGAAGAAAGGUGGUGGUGCCCUCCUGCAUUCUGUCAAGGCCAAGACCCAGCCAGCUGUCAGGAACAUGUACCGCUCGGCAAAGAGUGGCUUGAAGGGUGUGCAGAGUCUUCUGAUGUACAAGGAUGGGGACUCUGGCCUGCAAAGGGGGGGCUCCCUGAGGACCCCUUCCCUCACCAGCCGUUCAGAUCGCCUGCAGCAGCGGCUGCCCAUCACCCAGCACUUUGGACAGAACCGGCCCCUUCGGCCCAGCAGGAGACUCCGGCUGGAAGAGAGACCUUCUGAAUCCCUCGGGGAGGGGACACCCCCUCUGAGUCCUGGGGAUGCCCAGGAACCAUGGGCAGAGGAAGCUCUGGACGGCAGCUUUCUGGGCUCUGGAGAAGAACUGGAUUUGCUGAGCGAGAUUCUGGACAGUCUGAGCACCAGAGCCACAAGGACCAGCAGCCUGCGGCCCAGCCAGAGUUUAGACUGCUGCCACAGAGGGGACCCGGACAGCUGCUUCAGCCUGCCUGACCUAUCAGGAAGACCAAGAUGGCAAGCAGAUGACGAGACACCACCAGAGCCCCGGCCCCUGUCCCUGCCUGUCAGCCCGCCAUCUCUGCACACCCCCCAGCUUUUGGAUGCCGGGAGCUCCUCAGAACACCCCAUUUUCCAGCUGCCCCCAGAGGCCAGCGGAGAAAUCGCUUCUCCAUCAGGGCCUUCAACAGCUUCUGCAGACCCCAGCAGCAAAGGGGACUCUGUAUCCUCCCUCACAGAGCCCCAGUCUCUAACCCUCCACCUCUCCCCUCCCCACAAGGCAAGCGAAGAUUCCAUAGCCCAGGAGAACCCCAGGUCCCAGCUCUCCACCCAGCCCCACCCUCCAGAAAGCCCUCAACUUCCAGUCCCCACCAAGCCCAACUCGGAUACGACCUGGACAUCCCAACACCUUGAUUCUUCCUCGGAUCCUGGUUCCCCAGAGAAUCCCAGAGCCCAGCCUUCUGAGGUCCUGCAAGUGGAGCACACUCACCUCCAGCCCCCCGAGGAGCUGGGAGGCCCCAGACGCCCUGCUAGCACCUGGCAAGAGCCUGCAACCAGGAGCCGACCCAGAGUCUCUGAGCUUAAAAAGUGUUUUGAAGCUUAAGGAUCAGGGUCUGGAAGAGAAUCCAGCCCCUCAAUAAAGCCGCCAAGAGCCCAAA